AUGAAUUCCACAAAAGAUAUACUCCCAAUUCACAGUGAUGACAAAUCCCAAAUCCCGUUUUCGCACCUCAAGCACCUUUUCCUAGACGUAUUAUUCAACCCCAAGUACACCAUAGGUGCAGAUCAAUUCUUGAAGAGUUCAAAUAAUUCAGUAUCUCUUUCAGCUUCCAUUACAGAUAGCUCCACAAUCACAUUGCACUACGAAGACUACGAGGGCCAUCACGCAGUCUUUAGUGAAGAAGGUAUAAAAAGGCUUAGGUGUAUAGCAGCAACGUUGAGCUCCAGAAAUGAAUUGGCUGAUUGUGCUCAGAUGUAUACCAAGCAUCGGAAGAGUGUAGUCAACCUGGUAUGUGUGAGGCUCCGUGAGAAAUUGAAGGUAGAAACCGUCUGUGUUUUUACGUUCUCGGAUGAGUUGAAAGAGAAAACCCAACGGUGGAUACAAGUAGCCAAGAUUUGCGUAGGCACCAUUUUUGCAAUAGAGAAGUGUUUCUAUGAGCAAAUUUUCGGAGAUCUGGGAUCAUCUGAGGAUUCUGCUGCUAACAGUUUUGUGUACAUAAUAGAAGGGACUGCUGCUGAGUUGCUUGAGUUUCCACACUCUCUAUUAGCCAGGGGCCGAUUGCCUCAGAGACCAGACAUAUUGUUGCCCUUAUGUCAUGAACUAGCCAAUCUAAUUUCACAUCUUAUGGCAUAUUUUGACCAAGAUGUAUGCCCAGCGAAAGCCAUCUGCAAUUUUGCCACUAUGAUUAUGCUCCGACUGAUACAGCAAAUAGCAAACAUCCUUUCUGUUACAGAGAAACACGUUCUUCGUGAGCUUUCGACAAGGCCAUUUCCUGGAGGAGGAAUUCACCCCUUAACUAAAUACAUAAUUCAUCACAUUGACCUGAUUUAUGUUCACAGGGAAUCCUUAACUGAGUUAGGUUCCAAUGACAACCGAGAUCCUCCAGAAAUACCGGGUUCACAUGAAAUGGAUGGAGGGCUAGUUUUCCUAAAAAGGCAUCUUACUCGAGUUAUCGAGUUUUUACUGCAGAACUUGAAAUUCAAGUCCAACUUCUAUGGACAAGAAUCUCUGCAUUGUUUGUUCAUGAUGAACAAUGUUAACUCUGUUUCUGAGAAGAUUAAAAGUUCCAAGGAGUUGGAAGAACUUAUUGGCACUCACCUGCAGAUGAAAUUAAGAGAAAAAGUGGAGCUGGCAAAGACUGAUUAUUUCCAUAGAAGUUGGGGCGAAGUCUGCACUUUUUUAAAAGGUGAAGGAUUAAAAUCAUAUUUUAAUUGUGAUUUCUUUCCUGGAAGGUCUACAAGAGCUGUGAAAAAAAAGUUUAAGACCUUCAAUAGUAUGUUUGAAGAUAUUCUUCAGACUCAAGAAGGAUGGAUAGUACCAGAUCUGCAGCUGCGGAUGAAACUUCUUGAAUGCAUAUUGGCUAAGCUGAUUCCGGCCUAUAAUCACUUUCUUGAGCGGCUAAGCCGAGUAUACAAAGUGAAGCGUGUGAGUGAGUACAUAAAAUAUUCUGUCAAGGACUUGGAGACCAAGGUGCUGGAUAUGUUUCAGAAUAAGUAUUGA